UCACAUUUUAAAUCAUCCAAAACUUUAAAAUUCUUAACGUCAGAAACGAAAAAGAUGAAAAUCUUUAACCCAUCCCAAAACCUAAUCUUAGCCACAACCAUUUUCCUACUGUCUAUUGUUCCCCUAAGAGCCCAAGACACGCGACAAGACUUCUUGGAUGCUCAUAACCAAGCCCGAGCCGAGGUUGGGGUGGGUCCUUUAAGGUGGGACAACCAGGUGGCUGCUUAUGCCCGUAACCAUGCGAACCAGCGUAAAAGCGUCGGCUGUUCCAUGAAACACUCGAGUGGUGGGACCUAUGGAGAGAACAUCGCUUGGAGCAGCGGUGACAUGUCAGGCGUCGAAGCAGUUGACAUGUGGGUGAAGGAGCAAAAAGACUACAAUUAUGAUUUCAACACAUGUGCUCCGAACGAAGUGUGCGGCCACUAUACGCAGGUUGUGUGGAGAAACUCGGUGAAGUUGGGAUGUGCAAAAGUGAGAUGCAACAAUGGUAACACCUUUAUUACUUGCAACUAUGAUCCUCCCGGUAACUGGAAUGGUCAGUGGCCUUACUAAGACAUCAAAAUUAAAACCCUCGUUUGAAUAUGCUUCGAAAUAUAUGUUAUACAGAUGUAUGUACUGUUUCUAUGUUGUUUAUCUAUACCAAUCUCUGUUGUCAGCUAAUAAUGAUUGGUUUGUCCGGUCCGGUUCUCUUUUGUAAUGGAAUAAUAAAAUCCAAAUGCUACGGCACUUGCUUUGUUUGCGAUAUAUAUAAAUCUUCUUUUUGUU